UCACAACCUCAACUAGAUAUUGCUUUUUUGUUUUUCUCCGAAAAAUAAGAAUUCCCAAGCACUUUCCUUUGUAUAUUCAGAAUUUAGAAACGACUUUUAAACAAUUGAGUCAUCUUAAAUUGAGUGCCCAGAGUUUAUUGUAUUAUAAGCUUUAUAUGAUUUUGCUUUAUAUCCACUUCACAAACAUUUGCCACUCGAAUAUAGAUCCUCGAUAGGUGUAUUGCUUUGUUUCUCCAAAUCAAUAUAUUUCGUACCGGUGCAUUUGAAAGAAAAACAAACAGUUAUCGUAUGAGAUUAGGUAGUCAUGGACAGGCUAAGAAAUACAUAUAGUGAAUUACUACAACCAAAAAGGAGAAAGAUGAAUUGUUGCUCUCGAAAAUGUGAAUUAAGUACACUUUACGGAUUAUCUAUAGUAUUUUUGGGUUUAGCCAUAUUAACUUUAGCUGGAUGGGAAAAAGCGUACAAUUCUAUUAUUUUUAAUGCAUUAACACUAACAAACACCUCCAAAGGGUAUAAUAUGUGGAAAAAAACACCGAUUCCUAUGUAUUUAGAAUUGUACUUGUACAACUGGACAAAUGCAGACGAAGUUAUUGCCAGUAAUUUCGACAUUAAACCAAAUUUUCAAGAAUGCGGUCCGUACGUGUACGAAGAAGUUCAUACAAGAGUAAAUUUAAAAUGGCACGAAAAUGGCACUCUCACGUACCAACAAAAGAGAACGUGGCAAUUCGUACCAGAACUUACCAAUGGAAGUCUUGAAGACGAAAUAGUAAACGUGAACGUCAUAGUUGCGACUGUUGCAUAUAAUGUCAGACAUAGCUCGUUUAUUACUAAAGCUAUUGUAAAUAGAUUUUUGAAAGUCAUGAACGAAUCUCUUAUCGUAACCAGAAGUGCAAGGCAACUUUUGUUUGAAGGGUACAACGAUCCUCUUUUGGAUUUCGCAUCUAGUCUAAAUAUAUCAAUUCCUUUCAACAAAUUUGGCUGGUUUUAUGGUAGAAAUAAUUCUGAAACAUAUGACGGUGUUUUCAACAUCUAUACGGGAAGAACCGAUCUCGACUUGCUAGGUAUGAUGGAUUUAUGGAAUCAUGUUCCACACACGAAUAUUUACGAAGGGUAUUGUGAUUACGUAAACGGUACUACGGGAGAGGUGUGGCCACCGGUUAAACAUGUACAGAAAGUCGCCGUUUUUUCUCCAGAUAUUUGCAGUACUGUUUGGUUGUCAUACGAACAGGAUGUUAGUAUGCUAGAAGUUAUCGGAAGAAAAUACAUUUCGACAAAUUUCACAUUAGACAAUGGUGUUCUUUAUCCUGAGCUAGCAUGUUUCAAUUAUGGAGAUCCUGUUCCAACAGGUGCUCGUAAUGUUUCAGCAUGCAAAUUCGGUGCCCCUGCUUUUGUUACACUCCCUCACUUUUACCUCGCAGACGACGAGUACCUGCAGAAUGUUUCGGGAAUAUCUCCUAACAAAUCAGAAGACGAAUUUUAUAUGAUUUUGGAACCCAACACUGGCAUUCCAAUGGCUGUUAAAGCACAAAUGCAAAUAAAUAUACUUUUAGAGCCCAUUUCAGGCAUAAGUUUACUGAAUAGCGUUAAAUCAACAUUUAUGCCAGUGCUAUGGUUUAGACAAACUGCAACCCUUACAGGGGAAUAUGCUGGCCUCGUGAGGCUGUUACUUAAUUUACCUCAUAUUGCAAUAUACACAGGGUAUGGAGUGUUAUGUUUAGGGAUUGUUAUCCUGUUCAUUGGCAUUUAUGUAACAUUAGCUUCGAGGAGAAAAGAGGAAACGGAAGCACUUAUAUCGGAAACUACGUAAUUUCUCGCCUUUUACUUAAAUCGAAAUGGUGUACUGGAUAGUUGAUUGUGAUAAUUUAACAAAUGUACAAGAGUUGUACUUAUAGAAUUCUGUAUAUUUUGAAAUCUACCGAAAAAAAUAUAAAUAUAUUGUUUCAUUAUUA